AUGUCCUUUUCCAACAUCCUGUCUAGCGCCGAACCCCUUCCGAAGCCCAAAGCCCCAAUCAUGGCGGAACCAAAGGAGAAGCCGGCUCGUAAGAGUAAGGGACGCGAGUCAACCCUCAAGGACUCAGAAGGCAGCUCCAAGAAAGAUGCGCGUCGAUCAUCCGCGAAUCACGCUAAAGAUACUCCUUCGCGAGCCCCUAAGAGAUUACCGAACGGACAAGUAAAGCCGAAGGCUCUCUCGGCCGAAAAAGAGAAGAAGAUACAAACCCUAAUCGACCAGCUUGAUGCCGAGAUGGACGAUAUUGACGUAUCCGACCUUGAGGAUGAGGAAGAAUAUUUCUACGGCCUUGUAAAGAGGCGACGACUUGAUAUUGAGCACGCAGAACGUCGAUCUCGGUUUGAACGGCGAAGCGACCUCACGGCCUCUUUAUCAGGCAAGCUGCGUGAACAUGCCACCUACGGCAAGCGUCGUUUCGAUACAGUACAUUAUGAUGAUGCCUUACAAGAGGUCCGAGAGCGUGAGAUAUUUGCCGAGAAGGAACGCAAGAAAGAUAUGCAACGAAAACGACGCCGGGAGAAAUCCAUGCAGGUUACAAUCGAACAGAAGGAGGCGGCCUUGGCCAAAGCACUUGCCGCUGAAGACGAGGGUGAACGCAUAAAGUGGUUGCGUGAUGCCGAACGUGCCAACAAGAAGGCUCAACAGACCAAGCUGAUCUUGCAGAAAGGUAUUAAAGGUCCAGCACGCAACUUGGCUCCACUCGAGUUGAAUCUUGAGGGCGGCACCAUGUCAACGUUCCAAGCUACAGAUUUGGAAAAUGGUACCAAGUCUAAGAGUAAAGGUCGCAGUGGUAACCGACCUAAGAAGUCCAAGGAACAGAAGCAAGCGGAGAAGGACUCGGCAAUUGCUGCCCAGGCUGCUAUAGAUGCUGGUGAGGAGUUGCCCACGAAGGAAGAGUCGAAUAAGAUCCGAAUCAAGGUGAACAAGUCUUCAUCCAAAGAACCUAAAGAUAAGGAGAAGGAACCUAAGGAGACUAGUACCAAGGAUCCAAAGGAGAAAGAGAAGUCGGUUGACGAACCCGCCCCCAAUCCCCGCGAGACCAAAUAUCAAUCUAAAGGUUACAACCAGAUCUACGACCAGAUCUGGCGUGACAUGGCCCGCAAGGAUGUUCCGAAAACAUACAAAAUGGCAGGCGACUCUUAUACUACCAAGGCCUCGAAUCUUAAGAAGACGGCUAUACUGGCUUCCAAAGAAGCUAAACGUUGGCAACUCCGGACUAACAAGGGUACAAAAGAUCUCCAAGCUCGUGCUAAACGCUGUAUGCGCGAUAUGAUGAGUUUCUGGAAACGUAACGAGCGUGAGGAACGAGAUUUACGAAAAGCGGCGGAACGCCAGGAGCUUGAAAAUGCUCGCAAGGAGGAAGCUGACCGUGAAGCCGCCCGCCAGAAGAGGAAGCUCAAUUUCUUGAUCUCCCAGACGGAGUUGUACUCCCACUUCAUCGGCAAGAAGAUCAAAACGGACGAAGUAGAACGAAGCACCGACAAUCCGGAUAUUGCGCCGGACGCUAAUGCCGUCUCCAAGUCGAAUGAUGUUGAUGUGACUGAACCAUCUGGACCGCUCAGUACAAAGGUUACGGAUUUCAAUUCGCUGACCUUCGAAGCCGAAGACGAGGAGACUUUGAGGCAAGCUGCCAUGGCGAAUGCGCAAAAUGCUAUUGCAGAAGCCCAGGCCAAGGCACGAAGUUUCAAUAAAGCCGACAAUGAUAUGGAUGAAGAUGGAGAAAUGAACUUCCAGAACCCAACUGGUCUUGGCGAUGUGACAGUCGAGCAACCCAAGUUACUGAACUGCCAGCUAAAGGAAUACCAGUUGAAGGGUCUAAACUGGCUUGCCAAUUUAUACGAACAAGGUAUCAACGGUAUUCUAGCCGACGAAAUGGGUCUCGGCAAGACGGUCCAGUCCAUUUCCGUUAUGGCGUACCUUGCCGAAGUUCACGACAUUUGGGGGCCAUACCUUGUCGUUGCGCCGGCUUCUACUCUACACAAUUGGCAACAAGAAAUCGCCAAGUUCGUCCCGGAAUUCAAGGUCCUACCAUAUUGGGGUACUGCUGGUGACCGAAAGGUUUUGCGUAAGUUUUGGGAUCGCAAGCACAAUACUUACAGAAAGGAUGCUCCUUUCCACGUGCUUGUGACAUCAUAUCAGCUUGUCGUCUCAGACGUCGCUUAUUUCCAGAAGAUGCGCUGGCAGUACAUGAUUCUCGAUGAGGCACAAGCUAUCAAGAGUUCUCAGAGUUCACGAUGGAAGUGUCUACUUGGCUUCCACUGUCGUAACCGACUACUUCUCACUGGUACUCCUAUACAAAACAAUAUGCAAGAACUUUGGGCCCUUCUGCACUUUAUUAUGCCCUCCUUGUUCGAUUCACAUGACGAGUUCAGCGAAUGGUUCUCCAAGGACAUCGAAUCACACGCCCAAAGCAACACUACUCUCAACGAGGACCAGCUUAGGCGACUACAUUUGAUCCUUAAGCCGUUUAUGUUGCGUCGUGUCAAGAAACAUGUACAGAAGGAGUUGGGUGACAAGAUUGAACAAGACGUGUUCUGUGAACUCACCUACCGACAACGUGCUUACUACAGGAAUUUGCGAAAUCAGAUUAGCAUUAUGGAUCUAAUCGAGAAGGCAACUCUUGGAGAUGAUCAGGAUUCGGGAACACUGAUGAACCUCGUUAUGCAGUUCCGAAAGGUCUGCAACCAUCCUGAUCUGUUUGAGCGUGCAGACACAUCAAGCCCGUUUUUCGCGGGUUACUUUGCCGAAACUGCUUCCUUUGUCCGUGAAGGGAAUAACGUACCUGUCGGCUAUUCAACUCGAAGUCUCAUCGAGUAUCAAUUGCCGCGUCUUGUCUGGAUUGAAGGUGGCCGAUUGUACAAGGCCGGCAAGGACAACGAGAAGGCAGGAUUCAAGAACAGAUACCUGAAUCAUCUGAUGAACAUUUGGACGCCGGAAAAUGUUCGCGAAAACACUUCUGGUAAAAAGACGUUCUCCUUCUUACGAUUUGCGGAUGCUAGCCCCGAAGAGGUUUACAAGGUUAGUCACCAGGACAUCUUCUCGCGAGCCGCCGACUUGAUUCGAAAGAAGGACCGACUUGCACGAAUGAACGUGAUAUACGACGAGUCAGAGCAGGAGAACUAUACACCUGCACAUGCAUUAUUUCAGAUCGCGGCUCGCUCGGAUCGCAAGCCACUAGCUGAAGUUACGAGGGAAGGUAUACUUGAUAACCUCAUGAAUAUUUCUCGAGGAACUUGGAGAGAUUCUGGUCUCGGUCGAUUGGAACAGGCUGCCCUACCUGGCGCCUCCGCUCCCCCCAUUGAAGUCUUAUGUGAAGGAACUCGAGUCUCUGUCAGUGAACGCGAAGACAGUCUGUUUAACAAACCUAUGCGUAAGAUUCUAUAUGGACCUACUGCGGUUGAGGAGAAAGCAUUGGUAUCACAGCAUAUUCCGAUCGAGCGCUACCCGUCGCCUGCGAUGCUGCCCCAACCCGAUGGAGAAAAGAGACGUUUCACGAAUAUUACCGUCCCUAGCAUGCGCCGUUUUGUUACGGACAGCGGAAAGCUUGCUAAGCUUGAUCAACUACUCUUCAAGCUCAAGGAGGAAGGCCAUCGUGUGCUAUUGUAUUUCCAGAUGACGAGGAUGAUCGACCUUAUGGAAGAAUAUCUUACCUACAGGAACUACAAAUACUGUCGACUCGAUGGUUCUACGAAACUGGAGGACCGUCGUGACACUGUUCAUGACUUCCAAACUCGCCCCGAUAUUUUUGUCUUCCUACUCUCAACACGCGCUGGUGGUCUAGGUAUCAAUCUUACAUCUGCCGAUACGGUCAUUUUCUACGACAGUGAUUGGAAUCCUACCAUUGAUUCUCAAGCUAUGGAUCGUGCGCAUCGUCUUGGUCAGACGAAGCAAGUUACAGUGUAUCGUCUUAUCACGCGUGGCACCAUUGAAGAACGUAUCAGAAAACGUGCGAUGCAGAAGGAGGAAGUACAACGUGUGGUCAUCCAAGGAGGUGGCGCUAGAGGUGUUGACUUUAGCGGCCGUCGCCCGCCUGAGAACCGCAACCGUGAUAUUGCUAUGUGGCUCGCCGAUGAUGAACAAGCCGAGCUCAUUGAACAACGCGAGAAAGAAUUACUUGAAAGCGGUGAGCUCGACAAGGCAAGCAAGAAGCGUGGCAAUAAGAGGAAGCGAGAGGCAGUCAGUCUGGAUGAAAUGUAUCAUGAAGGCGAGGGCCAUUUUGAUGAUGGUAAUAAACCUUCGGGUACCGCCACACCAGUCGAGCCAGGAGACGCAAAAGCUGCAAAGAAAAGAAAGGGAAGCAGCAAGAAAGCAAAGACAACGAAACAGCGACUCGCCAUCGCUGACGGAGAGAUGGACAUUUAA